AUUUUUUUUAUAUAUAAUUAAUUAAAUCUUCUUCCGUAAGUUAAACGCGCGAGGAGCUCGUCCGGGAGCAGUUUGGACUUUUAAAUCCGCCAUCCUGAUAUAUAUUUUCGGGGGGUCGGAUGUGUUGGCUAUGCCGCCAAGCAACGGCGCCAUUUUGUUGUGAGGGGUCGCGGUGGGCCGGGUGUUGCCGCUAGGCCGCCAUUAUUGUGGGGGGCAGAAGCGGGGCUGGGUCAUGCCCAAGUCGUGUGCUGCCUAUAACUGUACCAACAGGUACAGCAGCAAAAACAAGGAGCUCACCUUCCACAGGUUUCCCUUCAGCAAGCCAGACCUAUUAACACAGUGGAUGAACAAUGUCGGAAGAGCAGAGUUCAAACCCAACCAACACACAGUCAUUUGCUCAGAGCAUUUCAAACCAGAGUGUUUCAACACUUGGGGCAAUCGAAAGAAUCUGAAGCAUAAUGCCGUACCCACAGUUUUCCGCUACUCCGAGAUUGUGAAGCAGAGGCAUCGGGCAAGGAAAAAGUUGAAAAUGGCCACAGAUGUGACAAAUCCUGAAGUAACUGAGGAAAAAGUCGAGACGGUGCCCCUGCCCUCGUCAAGUGCAGGACAGGAGAACCUGCUGCAGGCAACCCCAGAGAAAGGUGCUCCCUCCGAGGGCAGUGCUGACCACACUUAUGCUGCCACCAACCUGGGCAUGAUGAAGAAGAGGUUGUUUUCUGCCCUGGAGAAAAAUGAGAAGCUGAGGAAACGGCUGAAGGUGAAGCAGGAGGAGAUGAGGAGGAUGAUGAAGAAGUGGCAAGCGGUUAAGGAUGAGCUGGAGGAUCUGAGAGCCAAGAGUUUGUUGACAGCCAGCGGACUGAACCUCGCAGGCAUAACCCAGCUACAGCGUUGUAUGAACUAAAUCACUGAUUGUUUGGAAGGGACAACUUGCAGAGUCUCCAUGAGGUCCACAAGGUAAAACUAGCAGUGUCAACUUGCUGGUGCAAAAAGACUGCAGUAAAUGAAGCUUGAACAGUUUAAAGGGGGAAGUACAGACAGUCGUUCUUAAUCCAGAAGUGAUGACUGGGAUGUAAAUCAAGCUGGUCACACUACGACUAGUCUCUCCCCUCCAUGAUUAUAACCUGCCGUGCUGUCCUCCUGAUCCCAGGGAGCUUCUCAGCAACUGAGUGGAAAGGAAUUCUAGCCGUGGAGUGUCGCAGGCCAGCAUGUCAGGGAGAGACCCAUGAUGACAGCCAGCUUGGGAUCACAAGUCUCUGACCUUUUGGACCAUGUUGCACGUCAAUAAGAAGCCCUGAUGUUCAAAUUAUGCUGUGCUUGCGUGCCCAGAAAUCAGAUUUAUUUUCUUAUAUGUGAGAUGCCUUGAUGCCCAGACUGUGAAUUCCUUUGCUGCUCUUCUGUAAUAUCUCCCAGUUUAAUUCCUUCUACAAGCUCCUGUGCUGUUAAUGUAAAGCAGCAAAUCCCUCGGGUAGUAACUGCUGGGAGUAAGGAAAUCUGUACAUUGUACAUCAGUUCGAGGUACAGAUCUCAGACAGUUUAGUUGAGCCUGUGUUUUUUAAUUGCUAUCUAUUGUCGCUGAUAUCAGUCGUGUUGGAACACGAUUCGGAUGCUGUCUAGUGCCAUUCUGAUCGAACCUUAUGAAGAAUAAAAUCUCUCUAUAUUGUCCUUAUAUAUGCUGCUGACAGCCCUGUGGGCUAAAUACUGGCCUUCUGUCUCUGGGACCUGAAUUCAAAUCCAGUUCAGAUUAAUAGGCUGAAAGACUCCUCUGACUGCAGGUUCUAAGAUUCCUGCAGCCUCCAGCCAAUUCCCCUUGGACAGCAGUCUAUAGCAGUCUAACUGUCCCAACUCCAGAUGAGAUCACACUAAGCUGAUGCAUUUACUGAGAGAGGCCACAAGGAUGGCUAUUAUAUGAAACAUGUCAGACUGGUACAAUUGGGGUAUUCUGCCAGAAGCUGCACUCCAUAUUUACCCAGUGUAUUGGGAGCUUUACUCUGCAUUUACCCAGUGUACUGGGAGUUUGACUCUGCAUUUACCCAGUGUACUGGGAGUUUUACUCUGCAUUUACCCAGUGUACUGGGAGCUUCACUCUGUAUUUAACCUGCGCUGUACCUAAUCUGGGAGUAUUUCAUGUCAACCCUGACACUGGAUGUACAAAAUGAGAAACUGUUUCAUUUCCUAAAUAUCGCUUGCCCUAAUUACAAAAAGAUGCAUAUAAAAAAGGUAAUUAACAAAGAAAA